AUGGUGAAUAAGGAAUGGGGUUGUAACCCAAAGACUACAAACAGGGAAGGCUAUAGGAUGGACCUGGAGGCCAUCCUGAAGAAAGCCUCAAACAAAUUUCACUCAGAAGAGAAUCUUGAAUACGCGGCGCAGUUUGUAAGUGAUGCGAUAAAAGAAGCCUAUGAAGGAAAUUGCCCGGAGAGACCGAAAUACUAUACAACCAAAACUUCCUGGUGGAGCAAGGAGCUUUCGAAGCACAGGUUGGAAGUAAGAAGACUCUUCAAUGAAGCAAGGAGGAAAAACUCGGCUAUAGCCGAUUGGGAAGCGUAUAGAAACGCCCAACGCGGCUAUAGCAAAGCAAUAAUUAUUGCUAAAAGGAAAAGCUGGAGGGAUUUCUGUAAAGGCAUUGAGAGCGCUCCAGAAGCAUCCAGGCUAAACAGAAUCCUCAGCAAAGACAACACACUACGUUUGGGAUGUCUUAAACUCCCAAACGGAAACUAUACCGAGAUAGAAACCAAGAAAUUCGGGGAAAAACAUAAACCAAGAGAAUGGACACUGGCAGCCAAGGUGGUAACUCCUGAAGGAGUCGAAUGGGCUAUCAAGACCUUCGAACCAUACAAAACUCCAGAACCAGACGGCAUCUACCCUGUUCUACUCAGGGAGAAGGGUCCUAGUAGGCCCCCUGACGAGAGUGCUCAGGGCUAG